AGUUGGAGAGCCUUCUGCUAGAUGCUUCCAAAUGUGUCUCUGACACUUUGGUCAAAGGGAAAGAUUGUGGUAUCCUUAAUUGUGUUUACCCUGAAGUGUGAGACUACUUUUGUGUGUAUUCUUCUUGAGCUAAAAGGGAAGAACAAUCAGGAAAGAAGACUCAGUUUUGUCCUCAGAGUAAUAAGUUACUGAGGAAUCAAGAUGGCAAGCUUGGCUGAUAAGCGCCUGGACUUUAUAGAGAAUUAUUGCACACUCUCUCUCCAUGUUAAGCCUGACAAAUGGUCCAAGUUUGCAACAAGUGAGGAUGUCCAUGCCAUGCUCAACGAGUUCUAUGAGAAACAAGAUCUGCUAGCACUGGUGAUCACCCUCAACCCUACUGGGCAGCUAGUUCCUUGCAUUGGCUUCCCAUCAACACUGAAGAAUAAAGCAGUUUAUUUUGUGAGGAAGAAACGUGAUAACAUCACCAAGGAUAACUUUCUGGAUGUACUCCUAGUAGGAGAUCUCAGCCCUUCUCCUGUAGAGCAGAUGAUGGCUGUUGUAGAAGAGGUGAUCUGUUCCUUAUUUAUGAAGAGUGAAAACCUGGCUGGUUGGCCUCGAGUGGUAGCUGAGGACGUUAUACGACAAGCCCACAGGUUGAAGAAUGAAAUGUUUGUGAUGGGAGGAAAGAUCAAGGGGAAAACACUGCUCCCUUUGCCAGAGCACUUGGAUACCGUGGAAAGUGCAGUAGAUAUGUUAGACAGUCUCCCUGGAGCUGUUGACAGUUCAUUACUACAUUCCAUUGAAACCAUCAUCAUUGACUGGUCUCAUCAGAUCCGAGAUAUCAUGAGCAAAGACUCAGCACAGCCACUUCUGGAUGGUUUGAAUCCAUUACCCAAAGUGGAAUUUGAUUUCUGGCAUGCUCGGCAGAUUAACUUGCAGUGCAUAAAUGAGCAGCUGUAUACCCCUCAAGCGAUCAAGAUUGCUGAUAUUUUGGAGAGGGCAAAAAGCUGUUACUGGCCAGCACUCAAAAAUGUUUUCAAGGAUGUAUCUGCAGGAUUGAAGGAAGCAGAUGAUAUUAACCUAUAUUUGCAGCCACUGAAAGUUGUCAUAGAGGAAAUUGAACAAGCUGAAUACCAGCAGCUGCCUCCAUUCAUCAACAGUGCUAUCUACACCGUGUGCUUAAUCUGGGCCAAUUCGGAAUACUACAACAUUCCAUCUCGAGUCAUUGUCAUUUUACAGGAGAUCUGUAACCUCUUCAUUGAACUGACACGUAACUUUCUGAGUCCCGAGGAGGUGCUGAAAGGCUUACAAGGCGAGAUUGAAGAAGUGCUGAGUGGGAUCAAGCUAGCCAUCUCUGUGCUAGAGAAACUCUACAAGACCUAUGAUAUUUGCUGCACUGAUAUGAUGCCUACCUUUUUUCAGAACAAAGAACCCCAGUCCUGGGAGUUUCCGUCUACUCUCGUCUUUACUAGAAUGAAUUCAUUUUUUCACAGAGUGAAAACUAUAGAGGAACUGUAUGUAACUUCAAUUGAAUUUCUCAAACUGGAAAAAAUUGAGCUGGGAGGUGUGAGAGGCAAUAUCCUGGGAAGCAUGGUGGUUCAAAUUUAUGAGGAAGUUCUUGAACUCAUUAAGGUCUUUGCUGAAUGCAAAUAUGAUCCUUUGGAUCCAGCAGAUGAGCAAUUUGAUGAAGAUUUUGCAGACUUCCAGAUCAAAAUUCAGGAUUUGGAUAGACGACUGGCCACCAUUUUCUAUCAAGGAUUUGUGGACAGCUCUGGAUUGGAAUCUGCUGUUAAGCAAGUACAUAUGUUUGCAUCUCUGUUGGAACGACCAUUGAUAAAGGCAGAUGUUGCUCCUCAUUACUCGACACUACUAGAGAUGUUCAACGCUGAAUUAGACAAUGCCAAGAUUUUAUAUGAUGCUCAAAUAGCUGCCACCAAAACAGGAUAUGGUGUGCCUCCCAUUAGCAAAAAUAUGCCACCUGUUGCCGGGCAACUGAAGUGGGCUUUGGAACUCCAGGAAAGAUUACAGCUUCCAAAGAAAGACCUACAAGCCAUUGAUCAUCCUAUUAUAGUUAGUUCUGAAGCCAAACUGAUAUUUGCCAAGUAUGAAGAGAUGAUUCGUUUGCUGAAGGGUUACCGUGAAAAAAUUUAUGAAGAGUGGAUCAGCCAUGUUGACAAGGACUGCCAGUUCAAUUUAGAGCAGCCACUAAUCCAGAGGAAUCCUCAGACUAAUCUCAUUAGUGUGAAUUUCAACAAACAGCUUGUGGCUGUUCUCCGUGAAGUCAAGUACCUGAACUUUCAGCAGCAGAAAGAAAUUCCAGACAGUGCUGGCAGUCUCUUCUCUCAGAAUGAAACUUUCCGGAAGUUUGUGGACAACUUAGAUCUCAUUGUUGGCUGGUACAAUAAGAUCAAGCUGACAAUUUUGCCAGUGGAACUUCCAUUGAUCGAGAACGAGCUGCGAGCAAUUGAUGUUGGACUGAAGAAAGCUGAGACCAACUUAUACUGGAGCAAUGAAGGUGUUAUGGAAUAUAUUCAAGAAAUGCGAAAUGUCUUAUAUGAUUUAGAGACAAGAAUUCAAAAAACAAAAUUAAAUGUGGAGGGCAUUGAGCAGCUUAUGGAGGAAUGGUCAGCAAGUCCUUUGUUUGAAAGGAAAGACAGUAAAGAGACAGCACUCCUCGAUCUGGAUGGGAAACAAACAAACAUACACAAACGUUAUGUGGCAAUCAAAGAUGCUGGGCAGAAGAUCCUGGCAAUGGUUGAGGAAAAUGCAGAGUUGUUCAAGGCUGACAAGACAUCAGGGCUGUGGUCAAAUUAUGUAGAAUACAUAGAUGAUAUGAUUUUAGAUGGAUACUUUAAGUUUAUCCGCAAAUCACUGCAGUUUCUGCUCAGCAACAUGACAGCUGAUGCCAGUGUGGCCCCUUUAUUUGAAGUGCGCAUGGAACUGUAUAAAGAUGAUUUAAGGUACAAUCCAUCACUGGAAGUGGGAGGAGAUCAAGGCUUUCUGGAAGUGGUAGAAAACCUGAUGAAUGAUAUCUAUGAUACAGCGAUGCUUAUACCACGACUGGCAAAACGGAAACUCAGCUAUAAGUCUGACCUAGAAGAUAUGGGAGAGUUGACUGAGAUGCGAGAGGAGGUGGGAAACAUUGUAGUCAAUGCCAUGAAGCAAGGUGAGGAAUAUGAAGAUUCUUUUGAGAAAUACGCAUACCUUUGGAUAGAUGAUCCACAUGAAUUCAUGCAGCGCUUCCUCACCUUUGGACAUGCACUAACACAAGAAGAACUGGAGUCUCAUGCAGAAGAAUACUUACCACAUGUUGCACCAACACUAGAGCAAUUUCAGCUACAGAUUGACACAUAUGAGAAACUCUAUGAUGAAGUAUCCAAAUUUGAAAAUACCAAAGUGUUCAAUGGCUGGCUGCAAAGUGACUGUCGCCCCUUUAAGCAAGCACUCCUAAACAUCAUCAAGCGCUGGAGCCUAAUGUUCAAACAGCACCUCAUCGACCACGUUACCACCAGUCUUCAAGAACUUACAACUUUUAUGAAAGAAGUCAAUGCAGGCUUGACUAAACCUGUGAAAGAAGGGGACUAUAAUGGGCUUGUGGAAGUGAUGGGACACUUGAUGAGGGUCAAAGAUCGACAAGUAGCUACUGACACAAUGUUUGAGCCCCUAAAGCAAACAAUUGAGUUGCUUAAACUCUAUGGAGAAGAAAUGCCUGAAGAGGUCCAUAUGCAGCUGCAUGAACUGCCGGAGCAAUGGAACAACACCAAAAAGUUGUCAUUCCAGGUGAAACAGAAUGUGGCUCCUCUGCAGGCGAAUGAAGUUACAAUCCUCCGAAGGAAAUGCCAACAGUUUGAGAUUAAACAGCAUGAGUUCAGAGAGAAGUUCCGAGAAGAUGCACCCUUUUCUUUCAGUGAUCCAGAUCCAUACAAGUCCCUAAAUAAGCAACAAAAGAUGGUCACAGCUAUGGAAAAAGAAAUGGAAGCCCUGUCCAAAUCUGCAAGCUUGUUUGAGGUGUCUGUCCCAGAUUACAAGCAACUAAAGGCAUGCCACAAGGAAGUGCGCUUGCUCAAAGAGCUCUGGGAUAUGAUUGUUUUGGUAAAUGAAAGCAUUAAUGACUGGAAGACCACCAAGUGGAAGGAGAUUAAUGUUGAGCAGAUGGAUCUUGAUUGCAAGAAGUUUGCUAAGGAUGUGAGAACUUUGGACAAGGAAAUGAGACCAUGGGAUGCUUUCGUGGGACUGGAUAACACAGUUAAAAAUAUGAUUACAUCUCUUCGAGCUGUGAGUGAUCUCCAGAAUCCAUCUAUCCGUGACAGACAUUGGAAAGAACUCAUGCAAGCCACCCAGGUGAAGUUCACCAUGUCAGAAGAAACAACACUUGCAGAUCUACUUCAGCUGAAUCUUCACAAAUUUGAAGAUGAGGUUCGCAGUAUUGUGGACAAGGCUGUGAAAGAGUCAGGAAUGGAGAAGGUCCUGAAGGCUCUUGAUAGUACGUGGUCAACAAUGCAAUUUGAACAUGAGCCCCAUCACAGGACUGGAACCAUGAUGCUCAAAUCAGAUGAAGUAUUGGUAGAGACCUUGGAAGAAAAUCAAGUGCAGCUCCAGACUCUGAUGACUUCUAAAUAUUUAGCACACUUCCUUCAGGAAGUUUCCAGCUGGCAGCAGAAAUUAUCUACUGCUGACUCUGUGAUAUCCAUCUGGUUUGAAGUCCAGAGAACCUGGAGCCACCUGGAGAGCAUUUUCAUUGGUUCAGAAGACAUCCGUAAUCAACUUCCUGAGGAUUCAAAGCUCUUUGAUUCCAUUGACAAGGAUUUUAAGGAAUUAAUGGCAGAUGCAGUGAAAACUCCUAAUGUAGUUGAAGCAACAAAUAAAAAAGGCCUCUACAACAAGCUAGAGGGCUUGCAGAAAAGUCUGGCAAUCUGCGAAAAGGCUUUGGCUGAAUAUCUGGAGACAAAGAGACUGGCCUUCCCCAGAUUUUACUUUGUAUCCUCUGCUGACCUGCUGGAUAUUUUGUCCAAUGGCAAUGACCCUGUUGAGGUGUCUCGUCACUUGUCCAAGUUAUUUGAUAGUAUGGCCAAGCUGAAAUUCAAAUUAGAUGCAAAUGAGCAGCCGCUGAAGAUUGGCCUGGGGAUGUACAGCAAAGAAGAUGAGUAUGUUGAUUUUGACAAGGAGUGUGACUGCUCUGGACAGGUGGAGGUUUGGUUAAAUCGAGUUCUGGAGAGAAUGCAGAGCACCUUACGCAAAGAAAUUUCUGAAGCUGUGGUUACUUAUGAGGAAAAGCCGAGAGAGCAGUGGCUAUUUGAUUACCCAGCACAAAUCGCUUUAACGUGUACCCAGAUCUGGUGGACAACAGAAGUUGGCAUUGCCUUUUCACGACUGGAGGAAGGAUAUGAAAAUGCAAUUAAAGAUUACAAUAAAAAACAGAUUAGCCAGUUAAACACAUUGAUUACACUACUCAUUGGGAACUUAAGCUCAGGAGACAGAAUGAAGAUCAUGACCAUCUGUACCAUUGAUGUCCAUGCCAGAGAUGUCAUUGCCAAAAUGAUUACAGCAAAGGUGGAAAGCUCCCAGGCAUUCACAUGGCAGUCCCAACUUCGGCAUCGCUGGGAUGAAGAAAAGAAACAUUGCUAUGCCAAUAUUUGUGAUGCUCAACUCCAAUAUUCCUAUGAAUACCUUGGUAACACACCACGGCUGGUGAUCACACCACUUACUGACCGGUGCUAUAUCACCUUGACACAGUCCCUCCACCUGAUCAUGGGAGGAGCCCCUGCAGGCCCUGCUGGUACAGGAAAGACUGAAACCACGAAAGAUCUGGGCAGAGCAGUUGGGAUCAUGGUGUAUGUCUUCAACUGCUCUGAACAAAUGGACUAUAAGUCUUGUGGAAAUAUCUACAAAGGACUGUCCCAGACGGGUGCAUGGGGAUGUUUUGAUGAAUUCAAUCGGAUUUCAGUGGAAGUCCUGUCAGUAAUUGCUGUCCAGGUUAAGUGUGUUCAAGAUGCAAUUCGAGCCAAAAAGAAGACAUUCAACUUUCUUGGAGAGAUGAUCUCUCUUAUAUCAACUGUUGGAAUGUUUAUUACUAUGAAUCCUGGAUAUGCAGGCCGUACUGAGCUGCCUGAAAAUUUGAAAGCCUUAUUCAGGCCUUGUGCAAUGGUGGUUCCUGAUUUUGAGCUUAUCUGUGAAAUCAUGCUUGUUGCUGAAGGUUUCCUUGAUGCCAGGCUUCUAGCUCGGAAGUUCAUUACACUCUAUACACUGUGUAAAGAGUUGCUUUCAAAGCAGGAUCACUAUGACUGGGGGUUGAGAGCUAUCAAGUCUGUGUUGGUGGUGGCUGGUUCACUGAAGAGAGGAGACCCGGGCCGGGCUGAAGACCAGGUCCUCAUGAGAGCUUUGCGAGACUUUAACAUCCCCAAGAUUGUGACAGAUGACUUGCCUGUGUUCAUGGGACUCAUUGGAGACCUUUUCCCAGCACUAGACGUCCCUCGGAAGCGUGACCUAAACUUUGAAAAGAUUAUCAAACAGUCCAUUCUCGAGCUCAAGCUACAGCCUGAGGAGAGUUUUGUGCUGAAGGUGGUACAGCUGGAAGAGUUACUCCAAGUCCGGCACUCCGUGUUUGUGAUUGGAAAUGCAGGCAGUGGCAAGUCCCAGGUGCUGAAAUCUCUGAAUAAAACAUACAAACUUAUGAAAAGAAAGCCUGUAGCCAUUGAUCUUGACCCUAAAGCUGUAACCUGCGAUGAACUGUUUGGAAUCAUUAAUCCGGCUACAAGAGAAUGGAAAGAUGGCUUGUUUUCAACUAUCAUGCGAGAUCUGGCUAAUAUAACUCAUCGUGGUCCCAAAUGGAUUGUUCUGGAUGGAGACAUUGAUCCAAUGUGGAUUGAGUCUUUGAAUACUGUGAUGGAUGACAACAAGGUCCUCACCCUAGCGAGCAAUGAGCGAAUCCCACUAAAUCCCACUAUGAGGCUUGUGUUUGAAAUCAGCCACCUAAGGACAGCAACACCUGCCACAGUGUCCAGAGCAGGAAUCCUGUACAUUAACCCUGCUGACCUUGGCUGGAAUCCAGUGGUGAGUAGCUGGAUUGAGCGCCGGGAAGUGCAAUCUGAAAAAGCCAAUUUGAUGAUUCUGUUUGACAAGUACUUGCCUACAUGCUUGGAUAAGCUGAAGUUUGGGUUCAAGAAGAUAACUCCCGUACCAGAAGUGACUGUGGUGCAAACUAUCCUGUAUCUACUGGAAUGUCUCCUGACCCCAGUCAAUACACCGCCAGACUCGGCCAAAGAGUUAUAUGAACUCUAUUUUGUGUUUGCUUGCUUCUGGGCAUUUGGAGGGGCAAUGUUCCAGGAUCAGCUUGUGGAUUAUCGUGUGGAAUUCAGCAAAUGGUGGGUGAAUGAGUUUAAAACCAUCAAGUUUCCAUCUCAGGGGACUAUUUUUGACUAUUAUAUUGAUCCAGACUCAAAGAAAUUCCUGCCUUGGACUGACAAAGUGCCAGCAUUUGAGUUGGAUCCAGAUGUCCCAUUGCAGGCCUCAAUGGUCCAUACAACAGAAACAAUCAGGAUUCGCUACUUCAUGGAUCUGCUAAUGGAGAAGAAAUGGCCCGUGAUGCUAGUUGGGAAUGCAGGCACUGGGAAGUCAGUGCUGAUGGUGGAUAAACUGGAUACCCUAAACAUGGAUGAUUAUAUGGUGCAAGCUGUCCCCUUUAAUUUCUAUACAACUUCAGCAAUGCUGCAAUCUAUUCUUGAGAAGCCCCUGGAGAAGAAAUCAGGAAGGAACUUUGGCCCCCCUGGUACCAAGAAGCUCAUUUACUUCAUAGAUGAUAUGAACAUGCCAGAAGUAGACAAAUAUGGCACUGUUGCUCCUCACACAUUGAUCCGGCAACAUAUGGACCAUGGGCACUGGUAUGACAGAGCUAAGCUGACAUUAAAAGAUAUUCAUAACUGCCAAUAUGUUGCCUGUAUGAACCCAACUUCUGGAUCUUUCACCAUUGACUCCAGACUCCAGCGACACUUCUGUGUAUUUGCUGUGAGUUUCCCAGGACAAGAUGCUCUGAUGUCCAUCUAUAGUACCAUCCUAUCUCAGCACUUAGCUCUCCGGAAUGUUCCAAUGGUGGUCCAAAAGGUUCAUUCACAGCUUGUUUCUGCAGCUCUGGCCUUGCAUCAGAAAAUUACAUCAACCUUUCUUCCUACGGCCAUAAAAUUUCACUAUGUUUUCAACCUCCGGGACCUCUCUAACAUCUUCCAGGGACUACUGUUCUCCACACAUGAGUGCCUCAAAGUGCCUGUAGACUUGGUCCGACUAUGGCUGCAUGAAGCUGAGAGGGUUUAUUGUGACAAACUUGUGGAUGACAAGGAUCAAGAGAGCUUUGGACGGGUAAUGGUGGCUACUUGCAAGAAGUUCUUUGAGGAUCUGGGUGACAAUGUUGUCUUUGCAAAGCCCAAUAUUUAUUGCCACUUUGCUCAGGGCAUUGGAGAUCCAAAAUAUCUGCCUGUUGCCAACUGGCAGAGUCUGAAUAAGCUGCUUGUGGAAGCCCUGGACAGCUACAAUGAGGUCAAUGCAGUGAUGAAUUUGGUGCUGUUUGAGGCUGCUGUAUCUCACGUCUGCAGGAUCAACCGCAUUUUAGAGGCUCCUAGGGGGAAUGCCUUGCUAGUCGGGGUAGGGGGCAGUGGCAAGCAGAGCCUGUCUCGACUGGCAGCUUAUAUCAGCUCUUUAGAUGUGUUUCAGAUCACACUGAAGAAAGGCUAUGGGAUUCCAGAUCUCAAGGCUGACUUGGCUUCCCAGUACAUCAAAUCAGCUGUGAAGAACACCCCCACUGUCUUCCUCAUGACUGAUUCGCAAGUUGCUGAAGAGCAGUUCCUGGUAUUGAUCAAUGACUUUUUGGCAUCUGGUGAGAUCCCAGGGCUAUUCCAGGAUGAUGAAGUGGAAAAUAUUAUUGGUUCCAUGAGGCCUCAGGUGAAAUCCCUUGGCAUUCAAGAUACCCGGGAAAACUGCUGGAGAUACUUCAUUGACAAAGUCCGAAAGCAAAUGAAGGUGAUCCUGUGCUUCUCUCCUGUGGGAUCUACUCUGCGUGUGCGAGCAAGGAAGUUCCCAGCUGUAGUGAACUGCACAGCUAUUGACUGGUUUCAUGAAUGGCCUGAAGAUGCACUGGUGUCUGUCAGUGCAAGGUUUCUAGAGGAGACUGAGGGCAUAGAGUCUGGCGUUAAGACUUCCAUCAGCCUGUUUAUGUCCUAUGUUCACAAAACUGUUAAUGAAAUGUCCAAAGUCUACCUGUCCACUGAGAGGCGCUAUAAUUAUACCACCCCCAAGACUUUCCUCGAGCAAAUCAAACUUUAUCAGAACUUGCUUGCUAAAAAAAGAAGGGAGCUUAUUGCCAAAAUUGAGAGGCUGGAGAAUGGUUUAAUGAAACUACAGAGUACGGCUUCACAGGUUGAUGACCUGAAAGCCAAACUUGCUGUUCAAGAAUUGGAGCUGCAGCAUAAGAAUGAAGAUGCUGACAAACUGAUCCAAGUGGUAGGAAUUGAAACAGAGAAAGUGAGCAGAGAGAAAGCAAUUGCUGAUGAAGAGGAGUUGAAAGUGCAAGUCAUUAACACGAAUGUAGCAGAAAAGCAAAGAGCCUGUGAAACUGACCUGGCCAAAGCUGAACCAGCUCUGAUGGCUGCUCAAGAAGCAUUGGACACUCUCAAUAAGAACAACCUGACGGAAUUAAAGUCUUUUGGCUCUCCUCCAGAAGCUGUGGUUAAUGUGACAGCAGCUGUAUUGAUCCUUACAGCUCCAGGUGGCAAGAUACCAAAGGAUAGGAGCUGGAAAGCAGCAAAAGUCAUGAUGGGCAAAGUGGACUCAUUUCUGGAUUCCCUGAAGAAAUAUGACAAGGAGCACAUUCCAGAGCCCUGCUUGAAAGCUUUUAAACCAUUUCAAAAUGAUCCAACAUUUGAUCCAGAGUUCAUACUGUCCAAGUCCACAGCUGCAGCUGGUCUGUGUUCUUGGUGCCUCAACAUUGUUCGUUUCUAUGAAGUCUACUGUGAUGUGGCACCCAAGCGGCAAGCCUUGGAAGAAGCUAAUAAUGAACUGGCAGAAGCACAAGCAAAACUGACAAUGAUUAAAAACAAGAUUGCUGAUCUAAAUGCCAAUUUAGCCAAUCUGACUGCUGAAUUUGAAAAGGCCACAGCUGAGAAAAUCAAGUGCCAGCAAGAGGCUGAUGCGACUAACAGAGUCAUUUCUUUGGCUAACAGGCUGGUUGGUGGAUUAGCAUCAGAAAAUGUACGUUGGGCUGAGUCUGUGGAAAAUUUCCGUGAACAGGAAAAGACUUUGUGUGGGGACGUGCUGCUGAUCACUGCAUUUGUUUCCUAUGUUGGCUACUUCACCAAAAAAUACAGGACCGAGCUUCUGGACAAGUACUGGGCUCCUUACUUAAAUGCACUAAAGGUGCCCAUUCCCAUCACUCCUGGGCUGGAUCCAAUGAGUCUCCUAACAGAUGAUGCAGAUAUAGCAACAUGGAACAACCAAGGGCUUCCCAGUGACCGCAUGUCAAGUGAAAAUGCAACUAUACUCUGCAAUACAGAGCGUUGGCCUCUCAUUGUAGAUGCCCAGCUCCAAGGAAUCAAGUGGAUCAAGAACAAACAUGGAACAGACCUAAAAGCCAUCCGGCUAGGACAGAGAAACUAUCUAGACAUUAUUGAACAAGCAGUUUCUGAUGGAGAUACGUUGCUCAUUGAGAAUAUUGGGGAGACUGUGGAGCCCGUGCUGGACCCUCUGCUAGGUCGAAACACCAUCAAGAAGGGGAGGUUCAUUAAAAUAGGAGACAAAGAGGUGGAAUACCAUCCCAACUUCCGACUCAUUCUGCACACCAAGUACUUCAAUCCCCACUACAAACCAGAGAUGCAGGCCCAAUGCACAUUGAUCAACUUCCUGGUCACCAGGGAUGGAUUGGAGGACCAGCUUUUAGCUGCCGUAGUGGCUAAGGAGAGACCUGACCUAGAGGAACUGAAGGCCACUCUCACAAAGCAACAGAACGAAUUUAAGAUCAUCCUAAAGGAGCUUGAGGAUUCUUUACUGGCUAGACUCUCUGCUGCAUCAGGAAACUUUUUGGGGGACACAGCCUUGGUGGAAAAUCUAGAGACAACAAAGCGCACAGCGAUGGAGAUAGAACAAAAAGUGAAAGAGGCUAAAAUUACUGAAGUUCAAAUUAAUGAAGCUAGAGAGAACUACAGACCAGCAGCAGAAAGAGCAUCUUUGUUGUAUUUUAUUCUGAAUGACCUCAACAAAAUCAAUCCCAUCUAUCAGUUCUCCCUAAAGGCAUUCAAUGUCGUCUUCGAAAAUGCCAUCCAGCGUACUCUUCCAGCAGACGAUGUGAAACACAGAGUGAUCAAUCUAACUGACGAGAUCACUUAUUCAGUCUAUAUGUACACAGCUAGGGGACUUUUUGAGAGAGACAAGCUCAUUUUUCUUGCCCAAGUGGCAUUUCAGGUCUUGUUAGUGAAGAAAGAAGUGAAUCCAGUAGAACUAGAUUUUCUCCUGCGCUUUCCCUUUAAAGCUGGAAUAGCAUCUCCAGUAGAAUUCUUAUUAAGCCAAGGAUGGGGUGGAAUUAAGGUCCUCUCUGAAAUGGAUGAGUUCAAAAAUUUGGACAGUGAUAUUGAAGGUUCUGCUAAGCGGUGGAAAAAGUUUGUAGAGUCUGAAACCCCUGAGAAAGAAGUAUUCCCCAAGGAGUGGAAGAACAAAACAGCCUUGCAGAAGCUAUGCAUGAUGCGAUGCAUGAGGCCAGACCGCAUGACCUAUGCAGUCAAGAACUUUGUAGAAGAAAAGAUGGGGAGUAAAUUUGUUGAAGGCCGAAGCGUUGAAUUCUCCAAGUCCUAUGAAGAAAGCAGUCAAUCUACACCAAUAUUCUUUAUCCUGUCUCCUGGAGUGGAUCCACUAAAGGAUGUUGAAGCAUUAGGUCAAAAGCUUGGCUUCACUAUCGACAAUGGGAAAAUCCACAAUGUAUCCCUCGGACAAGGACAAGAGGUUGUGGCGGAAAAUGCUCUAGAUGUGGCUGCAGUACAGGGACAUUGGGUCAUUCUUCAGAACAUACAUCUAGUAGCCAAGUGGCUGGGCACACUGGAUAAGAAGGUUGAACGAUACAGCACCGGCAGCCAUGGUGAUUACCGAGUAUUCAUGAGUGCCGAGCCUGCUCCCUCAGCAGACUCUCACAUUAUCCCUCAGGGACUCCUGGAAAAUGCCAUUAAAAUCACCAAUGAGCCUCCAACAGGCAUGUACGCCAAUUUACAUAAAGCCCUGGAUCUCUUUACACAGGAUACCCUGGAAAUGUGCACCAAAGAAAUUGAAUUCAAGUGCAUUCUCUUUGCCCUCUGCUACUUCCAUGCAGUGGUGGCAGAAAGGCGGAAAUUUGGGGCUCAAGGCUGGAAUAGGUCUUAUCCAUUUAACAAUGGAGAUCUCACUAUUUCCAUCAAUGUGCUGUAUAAUUACCUGGAAGCAAAUGCGAAGGUUCCUUGGGAUGACCUGCGAUAUCUCUUUGGUGAGAUCAUGUAUGGGGGGCACAUCACCGAUGACUGGGACCGCAGGCUAUGUCGAACCUACUUGGGUGAAUAUAUCCGUAUGGAAAUGCUUGAGGGAGAAAUGUUCCUGGCACCAGGAUUUCUUAUACCACCCAACUCAGAUUACAAGGGCUAUCAUGAAUAUAUUGACGAGAACCUGCCACCUGAGAGCCCUUACCUGUAUGGGCUUCAUCCUAACGCAGAGAUUGGCUUCCUCACUAUCACCUCAGAGAAACUUUUCCGCACUGUGCUGGAAAUGCAGCCCAAAGAGUCAGAUGCUGGAGGAGGAACUGGUGUGUCCCGAGAAGAAAAGGUAAAAUCUGUGCUAGAUGAGAUCAUGGACCGGCUUCCAGAACCUUUCAAUAUGGUGGAAAUCAUGGCAAAGGCAGCCGAGAAGACCCCAUAUGUGGUGGUUGCCUUUCAGGAAUGUGAACGAAUGAACAUCCUUACCAGUGAAAUCAGGCGUUCUCUGAAAGAAUUAAACUUGGGGUUGAAGGGAGAACUGACAAUCACAACAGACAUGGAAGAACUUUCGAAUGCCCUUUACUAUGACAAUGUGCCUGAUUCCUGGACAAAUCGUGCCUAUCCAUCUUUGUUUGGCUUAGCGGCAUGGUAUGCUGACCUGUUGCUCCGGAUCAGGGAACUGGAGGCCUGGACAACAGAUUUUGCCCUACCUACAACUGUGUGGUUGGCAGGUUUCUUCAACCCUCAGUCUUUCCUUACAGCCAUUAUGCAGUCCAUGGCUAGGAAAAAUGAGUGGCCUCUUGACAGGAUGUGCCUCUCAGUGGAAGUAACCAAGAAGAACCGUGAAGAUAUGACAGCCCCACCUCGCGAGGGCUCCUACGUGCACGGGCUCUUCAUGGAAGGGGCGCGCUGGGAUGUUCAGACGGGGGUCAUCAGCGAUGCACGCCUGAAGGAGCUGACACCCACCAUGCCAGUCAUCUUCAUCAAAGCCAUCCCAGUGGACCGCAUGGAUACCAAGAACAUGUACGAGUGCCCUGUGUACAAGACACGCAUGCGAGGCCCCACCUAUGUCUGGACCUUCAACCUGAAGACAAAAGAGAAGCCAGCUAAGUGGAUUCUGGCUGGAGUUGCUUUGCUCUUACAAGUUUAAUGCCCCAGUUGGGAGCAAAGCUCUAGCCAUUCUCAUCAUGUCGUCCCCCUGUCCAGAAAUUAUUUUUCAAAUUGCCAAUAAAUAGCAAAUUGGAAGAAAGGGUGAUGCAAUAAGUUGCUGCUCAGGUGGGUAGAAGCAGUAUUGUUACCACAAUUUAUUUCAGGCUGCUGCCAGGGACAGGAGACUCCCCCAGUCAGCCCUGGCUCUGUAUCAACCCAUAACAAUGUCCAUUUCUUUGCAAGGGCCACCUGAAAAUCCUUCCCCACUUCAGAUGCAUAGCUUAGUGCUCAGCUAGUUUGUUUACUGUUACAGGAUCAUUCCGCACUGAUCCUAGAGUAUUGCACCUCAGUCUAGCAUUCGUGAAGUCUCUGCCACAACAGAAGAGACUACAUGGUCAUUAUGCAUGUGCAUGACACAAGAGACUUCUCUUCUGGUUUCCAGCCUCGGGACUCACGGGGGAGAUAUUAAGAGCACUUCACAGCCACCCACGCACCAGCUAUUUAACACAAGCAUUAGGAACAACUUUCUAGUCCUCAUUUUAAUGGAAACAAGUAUAAAAUACUGAACAAGUGUCCCAAGGGCCAGAAACAAAAGAAUCCAGUGGUCACAAGGUCCUCAUUCCCCUCAUGGCUUCUAGCUUCUGCUCCUAAUUUCCCACAUAUUACUUGGCUACCUCUCUAGUGCCUUUAUAUUUGCUGAAUUACUCCAAGUUUAGUGAUAAAAUCACAUUGCACUAACAUGAAGUAUUACAAAGUAACACUGAUUCGAAUAUGCAUGACACAGUGUUGUACUCCCAAACUCUGUCUCCAGUGACUACCAUUAUUGUACUUGAGAACAAGACCAAACAGCUAGUUCAUUCCUGGGAAUACAACCAAGGGCAUGAGAACAGCUUUAUGAACAAAGCUGUGUGUGUGCACCAUAGUUCUAUGGGAAUGCAGGAACAGCAUAGAAUGUCCUCUCCAUCCCUCGCAAAAUUGAAUAAAUUGACAUAAAUGAUACAAGUUGCAGAAUUCAUCUUUUCUUGACACCGAAUUUUAAAUUAUUUAGCCUCCAAUGUACAUAACUCUGCUUAUGAUAUAACCUGGUUACUAAAGAGAAAAGGAAUAGCAAGGCUGUGGAAGGCAAGAGCACUCUCGCCCUUAAGCAAACUGUGCAAAGAUGACUCCUUUCAUGACAAGUGACUACUCAGGGUAUUCUUAGGGCCUGAUCAAUUUGCAGCCAUAUGAAACUUAACAGUAACAGGAAACCCACUCAUCCAUGGUGUGUGGGGGGCGGAGAAAGAAGAGUAACUGAUAGUUUCAGUUACUGAUCGUUUUCAGUCUCUCACGUGAGUGGCAGCCCCUAGGUCAUCACUACAGAGGAAGCCUUUUUAAGAAGAAGUGCAAGCUAGGCAAGGUUCUCACUUUUCAGCUCUGCAUCUCUAAAUACUAGCUAGCUCCUUGCAACCAAAAAGGAGACUGUAACUCCUUGGAGGGAGAGCUUGGGAGUGCCUUUCCCUACUAGCACUGGGGAGCAUGGACACAGUUAUUCAGAAGCUAAUGUCAUGUCUGUGCCAGGGAAGAAUUUGCAGAAGUCUCUUUCACCCUUAAUGGUGAAACCAUGUUUGGUUUGCAUUUUGCUCCAAUAGAAAUUCAAAGCCACUAUGAGACUCCUGCUUUCUAGAAAUCAAGCAAAAAUUAGAAGUCUUACACUAACAAUUUCAAUGAAAUUAAAUGCCUUUGAUAGGUUCUUGUUCCCAGAUAUAAAGCUCAUUCAUUUCCCUAGUUAAUUAUAUCUUCCAUUUGUCCCCUUACUGCAUUCCCCAAUAUGGCCAUUUCUUCAGAAACUUGAGUACAAAACAUGGUAUUUACAUGCAUCUUGAACUAGUUAUGAAUGGUAAUGUGCAUUAAGUUGCCCUUUCUCAGAAAAAUGCACAGAAGUGGGUGAUUUAUCUUUUCCUGAUAUAAAGUACCUGUAUUAUAUACCUUCUGUACAGGACGUAUAGGAAGUGGUUGAAAGUCCCUAGAAGAAACUCAAGGCUAAUUUCACCCAAGUCCCUAAGGAAGCCCUGUUAUUUCAUAAGUGUUCACCUUUUCCCAAAAGAACCCUGACUAAGGACAGGAAGGAAUCCAAUCUCACAGCAAUUAGGAAUGACAAUCAUUGUAUAAUUAGCUGUUAUUGGCCCUUCAGCACUGGGCUUUGUUACACAAGAAAAGCAUUGCUUUAUGGGAAGACAAUUAGGUAAACCAACUCAUGAUUAUAUCCUGUUUAUUUAAUUCCUUGCCAAGUGAAGGACCACAUUAAAAAACAAUAUGCACAUCUCACCCAAA